GCCGCUGCCCUCUCCUCUCCUGAACGCUGAUGUGUUACUAACUUCUGCCAUCAAGUCCGAGAAAAUGUUCAACUUCGGAUCAAAGUUAUUGUUGCUUUUCCUCCUGGCCUUCCCCUGUGGACUCGUUUCCAUCGGCCAUGUGUCCGCAGAGUCAGACUCUGCUGAGGACAUUGCUGAGGACGCUGAUGCUGCAGUAGAUGAGGAGGAAGAUGAGGAAGAGGUCCUUGUUGAGGAAGAUCAGAUACAAGCCUCAGAGGGUGAGGAAGAUGAGUCCGAUGAAGCUGCUGACAAGCUGUUAUCUUCUCACCCUGAUGCCGACACAACCAUCAUCUUCACGACAGGAGAAGAGUUUCCUGCCAAUGAAAUUGUGAGGUUCCUGGUGGGUUUCACCAACAAGGGGAGUCAGGAUUUCACCGUUCAGUCGUUGGAGGCCUCCUUCCGGUAUCCUCAGGACUUCCAGUUCUACAUUCAGAAUUUCACAGCUUUGCCCUUGAACACCGUGGUGCAGCCCCAGGCUCAGGCCUCCUUUGAGUACUCUUUCAUCCCAGCUCAGCCCAUGGCUGGUCGUCCAUUUGGUCUUGUUAUCCUCCUCAACUAUCUUGACACUGAGGGCAGCGUGUUCCAGACUGCCAUUUACAACCAGACUGUCACCAUCACUGAGAAAGAAGAGGGACUGGACGGAGAAACAAUGUUCAUGUACGUGUUCCUGGUUGGACUGGUGGUCCUGAUGCUCUUUGGGAUGUACCAGGUCCUGGAGUCAAGGACGAAAAAGAGGAUGCCAGUGAAAAUAGAGAAGGGCACUGGUGGGAUAAAUGAUGUGGACAUCAGCUGGAUUCCUCAGGAGACUCUCAAUGUCAUGAACAAGGCUUCCCCUAAAACAUCUCCACGGAAACGAACCAAGAGGGCAGCUGGAGCAGAUCAAUAAAACUGCCCAUGUUCCAUCCAUCAUCA